AAAGACACUAGAAACGAAAGCCAAGCUGGCGCGCCGCUCGACUGAGGCUAUAGAAUCAGUCUCCGGCGCCGCUCUGGGCUCAGGGGAGCUAUUUGUCACCGGCAUCGCUGCCACGCGCGCGCGCGCUGCGUCAAAGGCCGCCGCCGCGCCGGGUCAGAUCGAUCUGCCAAAAGCGCCUUUAAAACGCGCCGCAGCGCGACGUAGCGCACGAUGACCAGCGACGUCGCGAGAAUAGCGACGAGCACCUGCGACAAGCUCCUCGCCAAGAAGGACACGUUCGGCGACCAGUGCGUCGCCGUGAGGGCCGAGCUCGAGAACUUCGCGAAGACUUGCAAGAAGCUCGAGGUGUCCGACGCGGCGAAGAAGAAGGCGUUUGAUGCCAUGAUCAAGGCGAUGUCAGGCACGCUGGAGACGACGCACGCCAUCGACGCGUUCGUGCGAGCCUUGGAGAAGGUGCGGAACGACGCGAGGAGGGGUGUUUUCGACAACUCCGGAGACGCGUUCCCGGAUGAAUUCAGGAAAGCGUUGGACGCGGCCGUCGAGUCUUAUGGAGAGGCCGACAUCGACGACGAGCCUCCAUUAAAAAAGCUGAGGGAAACCGCGGGCUUCGAGAAGGCUGAUGAUGCGGACGAGGACGUGGUAUUGGACGACACGCAUGAUCAGGGAGAGGCGGCGCUGACGUGCCCCCUCUCGACCGGUCUUUUAGUGCAGCCGGUGAAGGCGCGGCCCUGCGGCCACGUCUACUCCACGGCCUCGGCCAAGGCCUUCUUCAAGGGCCAGGGCAAGAAGUGCGCCGUCUUCGGCUGCGACAAAAUGCUCAAGUGGAGCGACUUCGUCAAGGACAAGGCCUCGGAGAUCGCGCUCCGCGAGGCGCGGAAGAGGCGCGAGCGGACGCAGCGGUCCCAGGCCGAGGAGAUCGACGACGAGGACGACGAGUGAGUAAGUGUGUACAACCCAACUACUCAA